AUGUUCCACUCCCAUUCGACGGAAGCAAACGGGGCACGGUUUACACUUCACAUUGGACUGGAAACUGAGGACUGCAAAAUGCAUUCGCGCGGAGGGAGGCCUUUCAAUUGUGUCACACACGCAUCACUGGUUUCGCAGCAACGGAUGCCUUUGCGGGCCCAUUCCCCCGGCCCGAACUUGCUGCUUGAUCAGGGACCACAUGCAAUAACCGCAACGCAACAACAGCAACAACAACAGCAGCAGAAAUACAAUUGCUGCUCAUCCUCUUUUUUGUUCGAUGCCUCUACAUUGGAUCCGGGACAACCAGUAACAGGUAUUGAGGAAGUUCCCUCGCCACCCGACCCAGUCGUGCCCUUUAUCAACAUCUGCCAUCACCAUUGUCCCGGUCCUGUGGUCGGUGUUGGUCCAGGGAGCUUCCGGCCUGUAAGUUCAGGCGAGUAUACUGAUAAUUCUGAACUUUCGGCACCUGAAAUCCCUUCGAUUUCCAGUUCCUGCGAUCGACGUUCCUCGAACCUCCGGAUUUAUUAUCAAAAUGUGCGUGGAUUGAGGACCAAAAUAGAUGCUUUCUUCUUGUCUGUUUCCGAAGAAGAGUUUGAUUUGAUUGUCCUGACUGAAACAUGGCUGAAUGAUCGCAUUUUCUCAACGCAGCUUUUUGGACCUUCGUACGCCGUAUACCGAACCGAUAGAAGUCAUCUGAAUAGUCAUAAAUCUCGUGGUGGAGGAGUACUGAUUGCUAUCACGAGGCGACUAACCAGUUAUCUUGAUCCUGCCCAUAUUUCUCUCCUACUUGAGCAACUGUGGGUUUUGGUGGAAGUUAAUCACAACACUAUAAGUAUCGGCGUUAUUUAUCUCCCGCCUAACAGGAAAAACGAUAGUACGGCGAUCGACGAACACGUGGAAUCCAUUGGUUCAGUUUCAGCUCGUUUGAAAGUUCACUCUCCUGCUCUUCUGUUCGGUGACUAUAAUCAAGCAGGUUUGCAGUGGUGUUUCCCCGAAAGUAGUACACCAGUCAUCGAUCCAUUGACAUCGCAUAUAUCCGAGGCCCGCUGUGCUCUCCUGGACGGAUUCAACCUUCACGGUUUUUCUCAAGCCAACACACAUCUGAAUAGAAAUGGUAGAUUACUGGACCUUGUCCUGACCAAUGAUGCUGCAUUACCCAUUUCUUCGAUUGCUUUGGCGGCUGAUCCCCUAAUUGAUCUCGAUGCUGAUCACCCUGCUCUCGUCACGUUAAUAAGCUUGCACACUCCGAUCGUUUAUGUUGCACCAUCUGAACAAACAUCUCUGAACUUCCGUCGAGCCAACUACGCUUUAUUGAGUGAUGAACUCGCCAAUAUUGACUGGAAUUUCAUCGAAUCUACCGAUAGUGUCAAUGUCGCAGUGGAGUACUUCUAUACAGCAGUAGUGGAUGCUAUCUUUCGUGUUGUUCCUGCUCGACGACCACCUCAUAAUCCACCUUGGUCCAAUCGCCGCUUACGCGAGCUGAAGCGAAAAAGAUCAACCGCUCUGCGAAGUUACAGUAACUGCCGGUCAUCUUACUUCAAACGACAGUUCAAUUUGGCCAGUCGUUGUUACCGUCAAUAUAACCGUUUUCUCUAUAAUCGGUACGUAAAACGAACGGAAGCGAAUCUACGCACCAACCCUCGUGGGUUUUGGUCAUUUGUGAAUACCAAACGAAAAGAUGCUGGACUGCCUUGUUCUAUGUUUUUUGGAAAUAGCACGGCUAAUAAUGAUCCUGAGAAAUGCAAUUUGUUUGCACGUCAUUUCAAACGAGUGUUCAACAAUUCCUCAACCUCUGCUAUGCAAGUUGCAGAAGCUACCAGCGGACUGCCUUGUGAUGAAUUCAACUUCGACAUUCCUCACUUUACAGAAGAGAUGAUGAAAACCGCAAUGCGUAAAUUAACGCUCUCGUAUGCCGCUGGGCCCGACGGAAUACCCUCAGCAGUCUUGAAGCUUUGUGCAGAUGUUCUUUGCUCUCCGUUAACAACGAUAUUCAAUCUGUCGGUUCAGCAAAGCGAAUUUCCAACCCGUUGGAAAUUUUCAUAUAUGUUUCCGGUGCAUAAAAAAGGCGACAAACGCGAUGUUGGUAAUUACCGCGGUAUCACGUCCUUGUGCGCAUGUUCUAAGCUGUUCGAGAUAAUAGUAAAUGGAUCUUUGUUUGCUUGUUGCAAAUACUAUAUCGACACACAACAGCACGGUUUCUACCCAAAGCGAUCGGUAUCCACCAACUUGGUGCAGUUCACAUCGUUUUGUUUACGAAGUAUGGACUCGGGAUGA